CACCAAAGAAACGCGAGGAAAAUCAAUUUUCUCCCUAAAUACUGUGAUAAAAUUGAUAAGAAUUGCAUUGAAAAUCUUCCCAGAUUCAUAUCUAAUAGUGUGCUUACUAUCUUCUCUUCACUUGCAGGUCACAGAAAAUCGCGCAUAAUUGAGUGGACAGAGUGCGAAAAUGCCAUAAAUUCCACCACCCAUUGUAAAGGUUAAUUGGGGCGAAAGGAAAGGGACAUUGAUUGCAUAAAUUAUUCGAAAAUGCCCAGCCAAACAGCGAUGGAGAGAAAGGUUCUCUACGCCUUCCGUGGAUGGAUAGCAUUCAUUGCAUUCAUGGACUUUGGCACGGCCAUUCGCUGCUACAUUGAGCGACGGAGCUUCCUCGGGGACCACAUGGAUGCACAAUUCAUUGAAGGUGACUUCACCGUAUCCCGAAUCCUGGGAAUGUACUGUAUUCUGAAGGCGAUAGCCUUAGUUCACUGCACCCUCUACAUCCACUACAAACCGGUAGUCAGCAUGGGGGGCUGUGGAUUGGCAUUGACCAUGGUGCUAUACUUUACGGAGGCCUUGUAUUUUCGCUCCACCACUUUCAAUUUCUACGUCACAUUUCCCUGCAUUUUGAACUUCAUCACCCUGGCUGGUCUAAUCUACAUCCCUCGGCGCUUGAGAUUGUGGGAUCCGCACUCGGAUAUUGAUGACGAGAAUUCGCAACUGUUGAAGCAGAUGGGCGGCUUUAAGAAGCGACGCGGCCCGAAGAAGAACUGCAUCAGUUAAGUGGUCUGAAUUGCUUGGACAUGACACACAGUCAGUGAUAGUGAGCGGAUCAAGGAGUUUCUCGAGCGGUCGUGGUCACGUCUGACCUCACUUUAUCAUUCAGGUUUCUACUGCUGAUGACGCUCGAGUAGUUCACAGACUUUAUUCUCAGCUUUUCGUGCAAUUCAAGGAAAUACUCUCGAUCCAAUUGCUAUUCUCAAAUAUUUGGCAAUAAUCUCUCUGUCCAUUGAAUAGUAUACCGAUUGUUUGAGACAACGGGCCCUUAAUCUCCCAAAAGGGGUAGAAUCAAUAAUCAGUAGAGUUACUAUUUUAUCACUAUAUCUCAUUGUAGGAUAAUUUUUUCCUUUAGAAGGACAUCCUCAUACAUUUUUAUCUAUCAUGACAAUUUGUGAUUAAACAUUUAUAAACUAGAAAAUAGACUUGAGUGAGAUUUGAAAGCUGAUUAGCAAAUAGUUGUACGGGAAGAAAGAUUAAAUAAUAGAGAAGUAGACUUUUUAAUAUACAAAUAUUUACAACACAUUUAAUUAAACAUUUUUUGUAAAAUCUCCCACAUGCAAAAUGCAUUUGCUGCACUCAAUUUUUGACCAAAGAAUAACAUUUUCUUCCUUGAAAAAACUUCACAUAAAUAUUACUGACAAAUAGUAGUAAAAAUGAAGAUAAAAAAAAACUCCAAAGAACGGAUUAAUACCAUUGUUAUGUAAUAAUCUGAAGAACAUUUCAAUCAAUAAAAAGGCUUU